AUGGUGACUGUGUGGAAGCCUUCGGGGGACACAUUGGAUGUGAUUCCCCUGGAGGAGGUCGGCAACGUCGGAACGCUCAAGCAAUAUCUCAAAAACAUUUGUGGGUUGCCACGAUUUAGACAGUGCAUCCUUCGGGAGGGCAACGUUCUCGAAGAUGGCUUCACUUUCGACUCUCCAAUAGAUGUGCAGCUAGUUCUGCUGACUUUCUCUGACGCCUCUGAGAUGGAGGUCUUGGAGCUCAUGCAAGCCACGCAGUAUGGUGCAGUGGGUACCGUGGAGAUGAUACUGAGGCGACCUCAGGAUCCAAAUCUACCUGCCAAGGACGGAGACUUGCCACUCAACCAGGCAGCAUUUUAUGGCCACAAGGAUGUGAUGAUGUUGUUGCUUGAAGCCAAGGCAAACCUGUGCAAGGCAGGCGCAGAUGACGAGUCGGCCCUUCACUGUGCUGCUGGACGUGGGAUGCUGGACAUUGCGCAGCUGCUCUUGGAGGAAGGUGCUAGCAAAGACUGCCGCGACAGCGAGGGUUUUACUCCGCUGCUUCGAGCAGCCAAUGAGUGCAACACAGAGAUAGUUCGCCUGCUCACAGACUGGCGGGCUUCAGUGAACAUUCCCUCCAAUACAGGCCACGCAGCACUCAUGUGCGCCUCUGCCUGGAACAGCCCAGAAGUCGUCCACAUGCUGUUAGAAGCGAGUGCAGCGCUGGACUGCGCGGACUGCCAGGGCUGCACAGCUCUUCACCAUGCUUCACAAAAUGGGCACACACAGCUUGCGCUCACUUUGCUGGAGACAAGGGCCAUGCUGGGCCUGAAGGACAACGAAGGAGCAACAGCCCUGCACUCUGCGUGUGCAAACGGGUAUGCGGAGACAGCCAGCAUGUUGUUGGAGGCAAAGGCCGCCCUUGACGUCCUCGACAACUCUGGCUACACCGCUCUGUCACGCGCGCUCGUUCAAGGACCACAGUCAGAGAUUUUGAGGAUCCUACUGCGCGCCAGGGCGCUUCCAAAGCACAAAGGGCCCGUGAACACAAGGUGGUUCGGCCUGCCUACCCUGACCUACGAUGAACCGCAACUGCACAUUUGUGGCAACAUGCUUGUGGGCAGUGUGGAUUCAGG